AUGCACGCGGCUGUGGUCACGAGUGUGGGACUGCUCGUGGAUGCCGUUAUCGUGGAGCGGUGCAUAGAUGAAAAUGAGUUGCUGUACGAGACGGCCAGUUCCCGCUCGCAGCUUGCACCUGGCUGGAGUCGGCAAGAUUCCUUGUCACAAAUGGCCUCCAGCUUCCAGACACCACGACACUCCUCCGCCGUCUCCGUCCUGAGCGGUUUUCUGCCGCCAACUUCCGAGAGCAGCGGCAAUUCGUAUGCGUUGUUCGAGUCCGUGCUCAACGACACUGUGUACUACGAAUGCCGCGCCACGAAGCGGCCUCUGCAGCAGCGGUAUUUCCAUCUUUUUGACGUAUUGCCGUUUGGCAUGGAAAGUCCCUCCUUGGUGUUUGGUGUGACUGGCCGACAUACAACUCGAGGCUUGGUGGUUGGCGUCAACUCUAAUGGACUGUUUGUAGUGCGCCCAUAUGCUACUGGCGCACCGCUGCAACUUGUCCCCUACGGCGCUGAUCGGAAGAGCGUUCGUAAGGAGGACCUUGAGGCUAUUACCAAGCUGAGCUCCUCUGCAGCCGUAACGGAGCGAUCAAAGGAGUUCAUGGAGACCGUGAAGCGUUGGUCAGAAGAAUCCAAAAAGGCAACCAGCCGCGAUGUCAAUAAGGAUGUCUUCUCUCAGGGGCGUGUAGACGCAGGUGAUAAUAGUAGUGAGGGAAGUAGUGUGGGGAAUGAUGAAGUGCAGGAAGGCCUCGAGUUGUGGUCGCUGAAGGACCUACAACUGCCACCACAGUUAGCUCUGCAUGAUCCCAUUUCUCCGCUCCGCGUCGGUUCCCGAGUGUUAGCACGACGUUACUGCUCGGACGGGUCUUUGUACGUCGCCCGCGUCGUUGCUGUGCAUUACGAUGUAACAUACACCCUGGAGUAUGAAUCUGAUGGAGGUGUUGACGAGCGUGUGCUGCAUAAUGAUAUUCACCUCCUAGAUGAUUCGGAGGCUGAGCAGUGCAGCGUUCGUGACAAGGUGACUGUCGCACUGCACAAGCAGCUGCCAGCCGUCAUUAUUGAAUGUCUUGGUGGAGAGGAGUACAGUGUUAUUUUGGAGCACAACCCGAAUCAAUCCCUCACCAUCACACGGAGACACAUUGUGUUCAUUGCCCCGUUGUUAAAGGAGGCCCUCUACUCCGAUCCCCACAUCCUGCAGUGGUUCCGGGAUCUUGACCCCACGUGUUCCGGUCUUGUGCCCUGGAAAGAAGUUCGAUAUUUAAUUUUUGGCUGGGAAUCGUAUGGGCAGAAAUUGUCCUUUCAAAAGCUCGGUGAGGUGCAGCGAGAUUUAUGCAUUCACGUUGGCCGUAUGGAGCCACAACUGCUGCGCAAAGUACCCGUUCAAGAGGAAGAGAUGCUGCUGAACUAUGCAGAGUUUGAAUACGUAAUACUGCGUGUGAGGAACCUGCUAUGA